AUGCCUGCUGAUUAUUCACAGUUGAGAAUUUUCGGUUGCACUGCUUAUGCUCAUGUUGAUAAUGGAAAGCUAGAACCUAGAGCCAUUAGAUGUCUGUUUCUUGGUUAUGGUUCUGGAGUUAAAGGAUAUAAGUUAUGGAAUCCUGAAACUAAAAAGACUUUCAUGAGCAGGAGCGUUGUUUUUAAUGAAUCUGUUAUGUUUAAUGACAACUUGUCUACAGAUGUUUCUCCAGAUGUUUCUCCAGUUGGUUCUGAUGAGGAGCAGCAGCAUGUUAGCGUGCAGCACUCACCUCCUGUUUUGCAGCCUCAAAAUCAGUCUAUUGCAGAUCGCAGAACAAAGAAAAAUUGUGGACCUCGUCCACGUUUAAUUGAGGAAUGUGAUAUGGUUCAUUAUGCUUUUAGUUAUGCUAAACAGGUGGAGAACAUUCAUGAGCCGGUUACGCACACUGAAGCUGUUGUUUUUGGUGACCACGAGAAGUGGAUUUCCUCUAUGCAAGAGGAGAUGCAGUCACUCGAGAAAAAUGGCACAUGGGAUGUUGUGCGCUUGCCUAAACAAAAGAAGGCCUCUGUUAGUACUCCUGUUGCUCCUCAUUUUAAAUUAUCAGCUUUACAAUGUGCUAGUACGGAUGAUGAUUUUGAGUACAUGUCAAGAGUUCUAUAUUCUAGUGAUGUUGGUUCUUUGAUGUAUGCCAUGGUUUGCACUCGUCCUGAUUUAUCAUAUGCUAUGAGUUUGGUUAGUAGAUACAUGGAUAAUCCUGGUAAAUAA